AAAUUUUUAUAUUCAACAAAAAUUUUUAUUUUGAGUUGAAAUUGAUAUUUGAGUGUUUUUCAAAAUAUUUAUUUUAAAGUGUUGAUUUCAAAUAAGUCAUGUUGAAAACAGUGAUGUAAAAAUAUUUUUUACACAAAUACCUAGACGUUUAUAAAGAGGAAUCUCGGUUUAAAAAGGUGCCGAUGUCCAGCUAUGGCAGCAUGUCUCCUUCAGACGAGGGCUUCGACCGUUACGAGCCCCCCUUCUUCUGUCCGCCUUCUCAUCAAGGUAGUCCUAUGGACGGCGGCGUGUACUGGCCGGCCUCCAAUUCAGAGGGUCCAGAGUUCGAUAACCCGGACAUGUACCAAGACGCCACGCAUUACAUAAGCAGAGGAUACGGUUAUGAAGAUGUUCCCAUGAAUAAUGAACCCUAUGACGCUUAUCAUACAAUGCACCAUGGAUACCCUCAAACUAAUGGGCUGGACUGUGAAAUGCAACCCGUCUCGCUCCGAUACGACCGUCCCGCUCCCUCGUUCGUCAGAGUUGUGAAAAGGAGAACUACAGCGAACAAGAAGGAGAGAAGAAGAACGCAGAGCAUUAACACAGCAUUCUCUGACUUGAGGGAAUGCAUUCCCAACGUACCGCCUGACACUAAACUGUCUAAGAUGGUGCGAAAGAGAUCGCAGAGCAUCAACACUGCGUUUUCAAGCCUCAGACAGCGUAUCCCAAACGUUCUGCCUGAUACAAAAAUGACUAAGAUCAAAACUCUCCGCCUGGCGACUUCCUACAUCUCUUACCUGCUGAAAGUUCUGGAAACUGAUGGGGAACCCGCUGGUGGGUUCAGAGCUGAUCUACAUCAUACCACGACGAGGAGGAGGACCUCGGAUCCUAGCACUCAAACAAACUCGGCUUUGGAGAAGCGGGGUAAAGGGCGCACUGGGUGGCCUCAGCAUGUUUGGGCUCUAGAACUGAAGACUGAGCAGAAUCUACAAUCCUAGGUCCCAUAACUGUCCCAUAACCCAUGCGAAGAACUCUUCGCAUGGGUUCAUCUUCUUCUCCACGGCUGUAGCAUCAUUAAGCCAUACAGCUGAACGUGGCAUCUCUGCCUUUUCAAGAAUGUUGGCUCUGUCUAUCCCGCAAGGGAUUUAGACGUGAUUGAUUAUAUCUAAGUCGUGGUCAUGGUGAUUAGUCCAUGCGUUAUUUUGUAAAUAGUUUGUAAAAAAAGUUUUUUAGGAAAUAUCUUUUGUUGAUAUUUUGUAUUAUACCUAGUUUUAAUUUGUGUAACAUAGUUGAAUAUUAAUAUUAUAACAACUUAGCAAUAUUAGUUUAUAUCAAAGAUUAAAUAAACGAAGUCUCAUAAC